AUGAGCUUUGAACUCGACUCUCUUAGCUACGCCUUGCUUGCCUCCAUAUUCAGCGCUGCUGCCAUGCUGUCGGUGCGCAAUGCUCGUGGACCUGACAUUCAUCCCUUACUACUCAACACCCAGUCCGAUGUCUCCCGCGUUCGUUAUCCUGGAAGCUCGGCUAUCUAUCGCUCACGCAUGUACCCCAAUGGCUCUCCAUUACUUUACACCAUGGACCGCUCUAUCCGCACUCUCAAGGACUUUUAUGGUGCAGCCUUUGAAAAGUAUAGAACCAACGUCUUAGUGGGUGGUCGCACUACUGCUGGCUCCUAUUCUUGGUCCACUUAUGAGGCAAUCGAGAAAAAGUCCAAGCACAUUUACUCAGGUCUUGUACAUGCUGGUGGUCUUGAACCCAUGUCGAAUAACGAGUCGUCGUUUGUCGGUAUCUAUGCAACCAACUCUCCAGACACUCUUGCCACUGAAAUCGGAUGUCAGUGUGGUGGCCUUGUCACUAUUCCCAUUUCGGCUGAUGCUACCUCAUCUCAUUUAUCGCAUAUCCUUCGAAACUCGGGACUACGUGUUCUUGUUGUCGAUGCUUCCCUUGCUGAACGUGCGCUCAAUGUCAUUCGCGGUGGUAAUGUGGCUGUAAAGGUGUUGGCUAUCCUUGGUGAUGGUCUCGCUGCCAACGUCAAGCAAAAUGCAGAAGCAAUGGGUAUCCAACUCUUGAAUAUCAGAGAUGUGGAGAAUAAGGGUACUGAAAAUCCAGCUGCACAAGUUACUCCAGAGAGUACCACGAUGGCCAGUAUUUAUUACACGUCCGCAGAUUACAAGGAAGGCAAUAAGCCUGGUGUCGUGUUGACUCACAAGAACAUGGUAUCGGUUGCCGCAAGCUAUCACGCUGUCAUUCCUCCUCAACAACGUAUCACACCCAAGGAUCGAUUGAUGCAUAACUUUGCUAUUGAUAACGUUUUUGGACAUGUUCUUACCGCUGUCCUUUGCGUUUCGGGUGGAUCUAUCGCUUAUGGUGAUGAAAUUGCCAAUGAAGAUGUCAAGGUUGAUGUGUCCUCUACACUUGCUCCUGCAUUGGAAGCCAAGCCAACCAUUUAUGCAAGUGGUGCACCAUUCCUUGCUCAAGUGAAAGAAACGAUCGAAGCACGUUAUGGCAAUUCAUUCCUAUUCCGUCGUGGUCUUGACAAGAAGAAGGCUUACUUUGAAGAGGGUCGCUUGGUGACUGAUAGCAAGUAUGACAUGCUUGUAUUCCGAGACAUUAAGCAAAAGACAUUUGGAAGCAACAUUCGCUUGGUGAUUAUGGACAAUGAUGGUACUGGUUCUGAUAUUGCAUCCUUUUUCAGAGCGGUGAUUGGUAUCCAAGUUCUCAAAGCGCUUGAUCUUCCCGAGACAUGUGGCACUGCAGCUCUCUCUAUGUUUUACGAUUAUCAAUUGGAAAAGGCUGCCUUUGGUGCACCAUUGCCAUGCAACGAAUUGAAGUUGGAGGAUAUGGCUGAUCAAGGAUAUACCAGUGAUGAUACGCCUAAUCCACGUGGUGAAAUCUGGAUCCGCGGCAACAAUGUCUUUGCCGGUUAUUGGAAAGACCCAUCAGCUACUUCUGCAGUCAUGGAUCCCGAUGGUUGGUACAUGACCUCCAUCAUUGGUGAAAUACAAGCAAAUGGUACCAUCAAGGUUAUUGGCCGUAAAUAA